AUGGUCCCCCAAUCCAGAUCGGGAACCUUCUCGCCAAUCCCAACCGCCCAGAUCGCCCAGUCGGGAAUCACCCACUCUCCGCAUCCGUCGCAAGCUGGUGCGCUGAGUGCUGGUGCCAGCCCCAGUACCAGCAGCCCCACUGGGACGAGCUCCCUCACCAAGAUUGUUGUCGCCCAGGUCUACCUGCUCCUCAGCACCAUCAAAGAGGACAAGGACGACCCCAGCAAGUGGGAAUUACACACCGAGCAAUUGAGAAAGCUCAUCCAUGACAACGGCAUGGAAGUCUUCUCCAAAUACUUCUCGCGGCUGGUUGCCGGAAAUGCCCCUCAAAUAUUUCCGGGCCUCAACCGGCCGGUAGCGAAUCCGGGGAACUACCACCUCCUCGUUGCCGAGAUGCGGAAGCUUUCACGCGAGAUAGCCCAAGCUAGGAUGAUUGCCGAGUCAGUCGAGACGGGCACCGAAGACAUCUUUCGGGACUUUGAUCUUUCAACAUUCAUGGAGCAUUUCAAGCUCGAUGCUCUAGAGAAAACGAUAUUGGCCCUGGCCUUCAAGCUUGGGUCGCGCUCAGACUUGAAGGCUAAAGCGGAUGCCAUUCUCUCAACAAACUUCCCCACCUUCGUCAACAUCCUUCGACGAGCGGAUGGCGACCAUGCCGACCUCUCCGCCGACUUUGUUGCCGAGAUCGUCGAUCGCUUCAUCCAACUGCAUCCGCCGAACUUCAAUGCUGCUGCCAAGUCUGAGCUCAGACACAACGUGCAAGAUCGUUACGCCCAGUCGGACCGGGCGCCGCCUUCCCAGGUGCUAGCUGCCCUCGACCUCAUGCGCGUCCUUGGGGACAAGCCCCCCAAUGCCCUGGCUCUUUAUAUCCACAGGACGGGCCAGGACUUUACAACCGACGAGGACACGUGUACCGGCCACCUGAAGAACCGGCCCAGCAGCAUCCAGCUGAGCGAGGAGCAGGUCGCUGUUGCGCUCACCUAUACCACCAUCAGCCAAACGCCGCCUCACAACCCCUCGGUUCUUGUGGCCGGGCUCAGACAUGUUCUUCCGGACAGUUUCAGGUGGCAGCAUGUUGUGUCCUAUUUCGACCAACGCGAUGCCCGCAUAUCUUCGAACCAGUUCUUGCGCCUCUACAACGCGCUCCUGCCGAUCGCGCAAGAUGACAGCGUGGGCUUUGAUAUCCAGCGUCUGUGGGGACGGGAAUGGGACAACCCCGAGACUCAGCUCUCGUUCAUCUGCGCCUUCGCAUCCUUGCUUCCGGACCAGCUGGAUGCGAGCACUAUCCCAGGACUGGCCCCUACCUUUACUAUCGAUACCUACGUCCAAUCCCCGGCCGAAGUUCGUCAAAGGGCUGCCUACGCGGUAAAACACCCCCUGGUUUCGGUGGCGGCUCUCUCGGCCGUCUUCAAUGUGGCGCUUCACUCGGUGCACGCCUCUCAGAGCAUCGAAGCCAAGCGAUUGUUUCAGGAAGUGGUGGUUCCUAAUCUCGACAUAUUCGUGGUCUCGGCAUUCGGCGUCCCCAAGCCCUGGCCUGCGAUGGCCGUGGACACGCUCAACUCUCUCUUCGAGAACUUCCUCUACAAGCGCUCGCCCGAGUACGACUUCGUUCUCGACAGCCUCUGGAGGAAGGACAAGGAAUGGGUAAAGCAGAGGCUGAUCGAUGCCCACGCCGUCAAGCCGAUCGAUUUGCCCCUCAUCUUCGAGCAUGCUGUCAAGCACGACUGGUUAGACGAACUGGUCUAUCUGCCAAACGGCUUCGGUCUGGAUCUCACGGCGCUGGCACAUGCGGAAGGGUUCCUCGACCUGCAACAGUGGGCGCGAAGGAACACCGAUCGGGGCACCGAGAUAGCACGGUCCCUGUUACAGUUCCUCAUGAUCAAGGCAAAUCUGGAGCUGGCAUACCAGCGCUCCCAAGAUGCCGGCGUCAAGACGAGCACGACCCUGCAGGUGCGGACGGUCUCGGCGCUCCUCCAAAUAUUGGAGGAGUUCCUGCCAAAAACUCCGGUCCCCGAGCUCAUCCUCCUUCAACGCCACUGCAUAACCGUCUACCCCAGGCUCAUCAACUAUGGUGAAGGCUAUGACGAAAUCAUCGAUGCCAACGGCAAAGACGGAAAUGUCCUCCCAUCAGCCGCCAAUGUCAAGAUGGAAGAGCACUACAAAAGGAUGUACGGCGACGAAAUCCAGGUUCGCAACGUGGUCGAGGUGCUCGAGCGGUACAAGCACUCCCGGGAUCCGCUGGACCAGGACGUCUUUGCUUGCAUGAUUCACGGCCUCUUCGACGAGUACAACCACUACGUCGACUAUCCCCUCGAGGCCCUCGCGACCACGGCGGUCCUGUUUGGCGGGAUAAUAUCCCACAAACUCAUCUCUGACCUUCCGUUGCAGAUCGGCCUCGGCAUGAUCCUGGAGGCGGUACGAGAUCACAGCCCGGAUGAAUCCAUGUACAAGUUCGGUCUCCAGGCGCUCAUGCAGCUGUUCUCUCGCCUUCGUGAAUGGCCCGGGUUUUGCAAACAGCUCCUUCAGAUACCCGGCCUGCAAGGAACAGAGGCUUGGAAGAAGGCUGAAGAUGUGGUUCGCGACCACGAGGAAGAGUUGGCGCGGUCAAGGAAUGGGUCCGGGAGCUUGGGGCACGGCCCUGCUAUGAUAGGUAACGACCUCUUGACCAACGGCAACCUGGAGGAUUCUGCUGGUGGUUCCAAGCCACAUGCGCUGCCUUUCGCGUCCAUCAACGUCGACCCGCCUCCGCUCAGUCUUGGGUUUGAGGAUCCUAGCAGCGACGCGCAAGGGAAGAUCCAGUUUGUCCUCAAUAACCUCACAGACACGACCCUGCAGGCCAUGUUCAGGGAACUGCGCGAGAUGAUGGGGGAGCAGCAUCAGCAGUGGUUCUCAAGCCACCUCGUCGAGGAACGCGCCAAGAUGCAGCCCAAUUACCACCACGUCUAUCUCGAGCUAAUCAAGCAGUUCGACGACAGGUCCCUGUUUUCCGAGGUCCUGAGGCAGACCUAUAUCAGCGUCCAGCGAAUGCUCAACUCGGAGGUCACCAUGGCAAAUUCAAUGGAACGGACUCACCUCAAGAACCUGGGCGGCUGGCUUGGCUUGUUGACCCUGGCGAGAGACAAGCCGAUCAGACAGAAGAACAUCGCGUUCAAACAGCUUCUCAUUGAAGCCCACGACACGAAACGCUUGAUCGUGGUGAUUCCGUUCGUCUGCAAGGUGCUCAUCCAGGGGGCUACGUCCAAUGUCUUCCGACCGCCAAACCCCUGGCUAAUGGACAUCAUACACCUCUUGAUCGAGCUCUAUCACAACGCCGAGCUCAAGCUGAAUCUGAAGUUUGAGAUCGAGGUUCUGUGCAAGGGACUCAGCCUCGAUCACAAGGGUAUCGAGCCGUCUGGGGAGAUAUUGAACAGGGUCCCUGCCGAGGAAGCUGGCGAGAUUGUUGGCCAGGAGACUUUGGACGCCUUUGAGAGCCUGUCGUUGAACGGGAUGGGACCGGGAGUUGCGAAUGCGCUCGCGCCGCACGCAGUCGUGCCCUCGAUCCCGGAUUUGGGCCCCAGUCUGCAGAUCCCCCCAACAGAGGUUGUCAGCGCGGCUCGACUCCACGAGAUUGUCCGGUCAGCCCUCACACGAGCUCUGCAGGAUAUCAUCCAGCCUGUCGUGGACCGGUCUGUCACGAUCGCGGCGAUCUCUACGCAGCAGAUGAUCCACAAGGACUUUGCGACCGAGCCCGACGAGAACCGCGUGCGAACCUCGGCCAUCAACAUGGUGAAGUCCACUGCGGGCAGCCUGGCAUUGGUGACUUCCAAGGAGCCCCUUCGUGCUAACUUCACGAACUACAUGCGCAACCUCGCCAACGAGCUGCCCCAGGGUCUGCCGGAAGGCAUCAUCAUAAUGUGUGUCAAUUCUAACCUCGAUCUUGCGUCGAGCGUCAUCGAGAAGUCGGCAGAGGAACGUGCAGUGCCCGAGAUUGAGGAAAUGAUCGAGGGCGAGAUGGAAGCCCGCCGUCGCCAUCGCCUGCAACGACCGACGGAGCCUUACGUUGACCCGGGCUUGAGCCGUUGGGCCUGGACCAUUCCGAACCCCUACAAACUAUCGCCAAAUCUGGGCGGCCUCAACGCGGAGCAGAUGGCCAUUUACGAGGACUUCGCUCGUCAGCCGCGUGCUACGGCAACGGCGGCGACUCCGUCGCAGCAUGUUUCAUCCACCUCGGAAACGACACGGUCCCUGGCGAACGAGGUUCUACAGGAUCAGUACAGCUCCGUUCCGAGCAUUCCGACACCAGCGGAGACGCCUUCGUUGCCCCUCCUAAAUGCCCAGGUGCAACAAUACCCGCAGGCUCAUAGUGGUGGGGUGGCAAGCCGCCCAGCCGGGCUCAACCAGAUGGAGGCGAGAGCCCUCGCGGACAGGGUCUCUAAGCUCCUGCACGAGCUGCAGCGUGUAGCUACCGAGUGUCGGGAAGACCACUUCGCCAACCUACCCCGGCCUCACCCCAUCUUGGACAUCAUCGACGCCCUGGUUCAGCUGAUCAUCAAGACACACCAGACGUCGGAGGAGUUCGUCAUGUAUGCAGCCGAACAGAUCUCGCACCUUCUGUUCGGCCAGGUCGAUGAUAGCUUGGUCCUGGAAACCCUCGUGCAUGUUCUCGAGGCCUUGCGGAAGAUUGCUGGCGUCGCGACGAGCCAGAAGAUCCGUGCACACUUCCAUCAGCAGCCCGGCAACAUGUUUCUGCAUCUCCCCCUUAUCUCGGCCUUGCUGCCAACGGAUCUGCUCGACUGGGGAAAUAUCGACAUGGCCAUGUCGAAGGCCCUACAGCAGCGCAAAGAAGGGUCCAUCGAGUUCCUCGAACAGCUGAUGGACCUUACGCUACUGAACGAUAGUCCCCUAGCGCUCUAUGCCGACUUCGUCCGCAGCCUAGAGGAAGCAUGGACCUGGAUCACCGACGAGCCCGACGUCCCUGGCGGCCAACGAUUGAAGUCCAAGAUCCUGGCGCCUCCUCCGGAGCUGCCGGCGACCAUGACGCCCGAGGAGCGCAGCAGCAUCCAGCAGGACCAGAUGGAUUACAUCUUCGAGGAAUGGGUCCACCUCUGCAACAACCCCAAUGCCUCGGACAAGUCGUCCAUGAUUUUCGUCCAGCAGAUGCAUUCCAGGGGGGCGGUGACCAGCAAGGACGACUUCUUCGUCUUCACCCGCCAGGCUAUUGACAAGUCCGUGGACCGCUUCGAGCUGGUUGCCCAGUCGGGUGGCAGCAUUGCCGAAGGCUACCAGCCUAUCGAUGCCCUCGUCAAGAUGAUCACGAUAUUCCUGAAGAGCCACGAGGAUGGCGAGGAGGGCCACUCAUCUCGGGCCUCGUUCCUUGAUUCCGUCCUCGCCCUGUCAAUCCUGGUUCUGAACCACAACCACGUCAAGCGCGGCGAGAAUUUCAGCCAGAGGGUCUUCUUCCGCUUCUUCUCGACACUGCUCCACGAUAUUAGUGCCGUCUCGGAAGACCUGACCGAAGUCGAUCGUAAUGAGAUCCUCUUCAGGUUCGCGGUGCGCUUCCAGGAUCUUGGGCCGGUCUUGUUUCCGGGUUUCGUGUAUGGCUGGAUCGCACUUAUUCAGCAUCGCGUCUUCAUGCCCGCUCUACUAAGAAUGGCCGACAACGCUGGCUGGAGCCACUACACAAGGCUUCUGAAACAACUUUUCGAGUAUCUCGGCGAGCAACUUAAACCCAUCGACGUGUCUCCCAUCACGAAAGACCUUUACCGUGCCGCUCUCAAGCAGCUGGUCAUUCUCCAGCACGACUUCCCAGAAUACCUCGCCGCGAACUAUCUGCAGCUGUGCGAGAUCAUCCCCCCACACUGCACCCAGCUCCUCAACCUCGUCCUCGUGGCGACCCCGGAGAGUGCGGCAAAGAUGCCCGAUCCGUUGCAGCCGGGGCUUAAGAUCGAUCGGAUGCCGGAGAUCCGGGCUGCUCCCAUCGUCUCUAGAGACCCGGCAGCGCAUCUCCGACAGAUCGGCCUGCUGGAAAUUCUGGACCAGACGCUUAGAAAUGGUCCCACGGAGGAUGCCAUUGCCCAGAUCACCCAUGCGAUGAACAAGGCCGACGAGGAGCAAACCGGCUACGGCCAUGUCCCCAUCAACGCGAACCUGAAAGUUAUUGACUCGGUGACUGCGUACAUUGGGGCUUUUGCUGUCGAGCGGUCGGCCGGGAAAGGCGACGGCAACUCAGCCUUUGUGCCCGACGCUUCGGACAUCAAGACGCUGUUCAUGCUGGUCACCGAGUUGUCUCCGGAGACACGAUACUACCUAAUCAGCAGUAUGGUCAACGAAUUGCGGUUCGCGAACUCGUACACGCACUACUUCAGCCAGGCACUGCUCGACAUCUUUGGCCACGAUCUCUCGGACCCGGAGGAGGGUGAGAUCAGACAGCAAAUCGUGCGUGUCCUUCUCGAGAGGGUUGUGGGCUUCUGGCCCCAACCUUGGGGCCUGAUGAUCACGGUUAUCGAAUUGAUCAAGAACGACAAAUACAUGUUCUUUGAUCUGCCUUUUGUGAAAUCGGCUCCUGAGGUACACUCCCCUUUCCCUUCCCAUGAGAUGUCACAGCAUACUAAUGUCAUGCCAGGUGGCAGAGAGAUUCGCUGCAAUCCUGCAGCAGGCUUAGUUAGCUGGCCAGUUACUUGA